AACGCUGCACAAUGUAACCGUAUUGACAGCAUCACACUUUUGCUUGGCAAAAAGAAUUAUAAUUUUUCCAAAUAGCGUGAAAAAGUUCUUUUAAUUUCUUAUUAAAAAUUUGAGAAGUUUUUGUUAAAAAAUGAGCUCAAUGGCGACAGCCACAGAUGGCGAGUCAAGUUCGCUGCAAACAGAUUUAAAUGCAACUCAACAAGCAGACGUAGAAAAAGUUACGGGUGGUGUAAAUGGGAAUGACCACACACAUAAUGAGAAUGAGGAGGUUAAUGAGAAAGAUGACGCUUGGAAUCAUUCUCAAGGUCAUGUGAAAAUACUUAAUGCCCCGCCAGCGUUUCGUGGACGAACUGGAGGUGCCUUCAAUCGUGGAGGUGGUAGAACUGGUGCUGGGAGCAAUUUCGGUGGACGGCAAUUUGACCAAAACUGGCAAAAUAGUAACGCGAAUGCCUCAGUAACUAACAGUAAUUCGGCACAGUUGGAGCUUUGGGUGGAAACGAAAACUAAAGAUGGCAAAGCCUACUAUUAUCAUGCUUUGACACGUGAAACCACUUGGAAUAAACCGGAAGGUGCAAAUGUAAAGGUGAUGACCCAAACUGAAGUUGAGGAAAUUAACAAAAAACAACAGCAACUACAACAGCAGCAACAACAGCAGAAUCAAGUCAAUAUGACAUCUGCUCAAACUAACAGCGGGACUAAUGAUGAUCCAACUAAAGACAAAUCAGAUACAUUGCAAGUUGCAAAGGCGACAACGGAAAGUUUAACUUCGCAGCCACCGCCUAGCAUGAUGUCUCAGCCUCCACCCAAUCAACAAAGUUUAUCCCAACCUCCGCCUACUGUAGGCGUACCUACAGGGGCUGCUACACAACAGCCACCACCUACGAUGCAUCAACCGCCUCCCUUUUUCCCACCUAAUAUGCAUCCUCCAAAUUUUGCACCACCUUUCGGCAUGCCACCUCCGGGUUAUGGUGGUGGGUUUCCAGGAGCCACGCAAGCAGCAAAUGCUCCGUGGGGCAUGCCGUGGAACCAACAUAUGCAUUCAAUUCCUGUUCAGGAAAAACCGGCAAAAAAUCUGAUCAUUAAACCAGGCGUCAUCGAUCCAGCUGUUAUAGGUCGGGCUGCUGAAUGGUCUGAACAUCGAGCGCCAGAUGGUC